AUGGCUGUGACAGUCAUAGCUUCGUCCCGGGCCGUUAUCUCGGGUCGGCUAAGCGCAGCCACCAUUGUAAUCUCCCAAUCAACCGGCAAGAUUGUGCAGGUGUUUGAUUCCAUCAGACCCGUCUCGGAUUUCCCCGAAUGCGACUCUUACAAGGAUUAUUCUCCUUAUGUGCUUCUGCCCGGUCUAGUGGAUGCGCACGUGCAUCUAAAUGAGCCAGGCAGGACCGAAUGGGAAGGUUUCUAUACCGGCACCCAGGCCGCCGCCUUUGGUGGCGUGACUACUGUCGUCGAUAUGCCACUCAAUGCUAUCCCGCCUACGACGACUGUGGCUGGCUUUCAUGAGAAGAUUCGCGCCGCCCAAGACAAGUGUUGGGUCGAUGUUGGGUUUUAUGGCGGUGUCAUCCCCGGGAACGCCCACGAGCUGAAGCCUCUGGUGAACAUGGGUGUGCGUGGGUUUAAGGGCUUCCUUAUUGACAGCGGAGUGGAAGAGUUCCCUGCCGUUUCUUCACCCGAUAUCGAAUUGGCCAUGCGAGAACUCAAAGACCAGGCAACCACUUUGAUGUUCCACGCAGAAAUGCUUCCGCCCAUCACCAAAUCAGUAGGUGACGAUGUGCAGGUCUCGCUACCACCCCUUGCACCAGAAGGGCCCCUGCAAAGCUACUCGACAUUUCUCGCAUCUCGCCCGGCAUCCUUUGAAACGUAUGCAAUUGCACAAAUCAUCCAACUGGCCUCAACUGCACCGAAGCUGCCGCUGCAUAUAGUGCAUCUAUCGGCUAUAGAAGCGAUUCCGUUACUGCGAGAAGCGCGUGCCAAAGGCGUACCAAUCACAGCAGAGACUUGCUUCCAUUAUCUAUCACUGGCGGCAGAAGAGAUUGCCGAAGGUGAUACUCGACACAAGUGCUGCCCUCCUAUCCGAUCACAACUGAACCAGGAUGGAUUGUGGGCCGAGUUGGAACGAUAUGCUGACGACGGUGUUAUCAAGACUGUUGUUUCAGAUCACUCGCCAUGCACGCCGGAUCUCAAACUUCUCCCUUCGCAUAUUAUGUCUAGUAGUACUAGCAGCCUUGACGCUGGAUCGUCGAGCAAUACAUCAGCCGUGGUUACACCGUUAAAUAAUUCCUCAUCGAGCAGCAGUGUGAGCGACUAUUUCGAACCCAAAGAAAAAGAAGUCAAUGACGGCAACUUCUUCUCAGCAUGGGGUGGCAUCUCUUCCGUCGGUCUCGGUCUGCCCAUUCUAUGGACAGAAAUCUCACGACGAAAACAAGUUGCUGCACCCGGUGGCACCAAGACAAUCGAGCAAGACCUGCAAGACAUUGCCCAAUGGUGCAGCGCCAACACAGCAGCACAAGUUGGUCUCUCGCAUCAAAAGGGAGACCUGGCAGUCGGCUUUGAUGCAGACAUUUGUGUAUUUGACGACACGGCCGAAUGGGUCGUUGAGCCAAGCACGAUGUUAUUCCGGAAUAAGUGCUCUCCAUACCAGGGUCGCACGCUGAAAGGAAUGGUGCAAGAGACGUGGUUGCGUGGGACGAGAGUAUAUUCACGAAGGGAAGGGUUCAGUCGGGCACCAGAAGGAAAGCUGCUUUUAGAGAAGCGGUCUCUUUAG